AUGGUUUGUGUGGAGUUCAUUGUGGUAUGUCAGAGCAGAAGUAUCAGUAGCACCAGCAUUAGCAUUAGAAGCAGCAGUGGCAGCUGUGGCAGCAGUAGAAGCAGUAGCAGCAGUAGAAGCAGCAGCAGUAGUAUUAGCAGCAGCAGUAGUAGCAGAAGUAGUAGCAGCAGUAUCAGCAGAAGCAGCAGUAGCAGCAUAAGCAGUAUCAGCAGUAGCUGCAAUAGCAGAAGUAGCAGUAGUAGCAACAGUAGCAGUAGUAGCAGCAGUAGUAGUAGCAAUAGUAACAGUAGUAGCAGUAGGAGCAGCAGCAGUAGUAGCAGCAGUAGCAGUAGUAGCAGCAGUAGAAGCAGCAGCAAUAGCAGUAGUAGCAAUAGUAGCAGCAGUACCAGUAGAAGCAGCAGUAUCAGUAGUAGCAGUAGUAGCAGCAGUAGCAGUAGAAGCAGCAGUAGCAGUUGUAGCAGUAGUAGCACUAGUAGCAGCAGUAGUAGUAGCAGUAGUAAAAGCAGUAGCAGCAUUAGAAGCAGUAGCAUCAGCCGCAGCAGAAGUUGCAGUAGCAGCAAUAGCAGCAGUAGCAGUAGCAGCAUCAGCAGUAGUGGCAGCAAAAGAAGCAGCAGAAGUAGAAGCAGACGUAGCAGUAUUAGCUUUGGCAGCUGA